CUGCAAAAAUUAACCAGUGAUGAUGAUAUUGAGCACUUCCUGGUUACUUUUGAGAGAAUUGCAGCUGCUUGUAGAUGGCCACAAAGAGAUUGGGUCUUCCGCCUCAUACCUCUACUCACUGGUAAGGCAAGAAGUGCCUAUGUUAAUAUGGAUGUGGAUGAGUCUCUGGAUUAUGAUGAGGUGAAAGAAGCCAUAUUAAAAAAAUAUGACAUUAACCCAGAGACUUACAGACAAAGGUUCCGGUCCCUACAUGUGCAGCCUGAUGAGAGCCCCAAAGAACUCUACGUGAGGUUGAAAGAGUUGUAUGGGAAAUGGAUUCAGCCAAAAGGCGGAAGGGUCAGCCAUGGAGUAAUACUGCUAUGAAGGAGAAAGAUGCCCGCAGGCCGCCACCACCCCAAUUCCACCAGAGGGCGGCAAGUGUGAGUAAAACUCCUUUCAGGGAGAAUCAGCAAGAAAAAUCAGUUGCCAAACCUGGUAAAAAGGUCCCAGUUUGUUACCUGUGUGGGCAGGAAGGUCACACUAAGCCAGUGUGCCCAAGAAAUCCUUUAAAUCUCACACAAAUGUGCUUUGUACCAAGAGAGACUGUUGACUUGAAACCAGAAAAGGGAUUGUCAGCAAAAAUGGCUGUGGUAAAAAUCAAUGGGAAAAAAAUUAAAGCUUUGAUAGACACUGGCAGUACUCAGACUCUUGUGCACAGACAGUAUGUACCAAAUAAUAAAGUGUGUACUUUUGAAACGAUCCCAAUCUGUUGUGUGCAUGGUGAUGAAAAGCUUUAUCCUACUGCUGACAUUUUUAUUGAGGUGCAAGGACAGUCGUACCUGUUGAAUGUUGGUGUUGCAGACAACUUGCAAUUCCCAGUAGUUUUGGGUGAAGAUCUGCCAGUGCUAUAUGAUUUACUGAAACCUGUCCACAAUUGUAAUGUGGUGACAAGAGCCCAAGCCAAGCAAAAUGAGCAUCUCCCAAGUCUUAGUGCAUUGCCUUUCUUUGACGCUGACCUAGAAACAAAUGCCGGAAAAUCUAGGAAAUCACGCAGUCAGAGAAGACAAGAGAAAUUCAAGCACACAGAGGUCAAACCACAAGUUGAGGAUGCUCCAGAGGUUCCCUUGGGUUUUAAAAUCCCAUCCAACAUUAUGGAGCUGCAACAAAAUGACCCUUCAUUGUCAGCCAUUUUGUUGAGAGCUAGAGGAGGAGAGUCCGAGGUUGAGCCUGGAAGCAGCAAAGAGGAAUAUUUCUUGCAGAAUGGCAUCCUUUACCAUCAGCACGGUCAGACUAAGCGGCUAGUGGUACCUGAAUCAGCCCGAGAUGUAGUCCUUACUCUGGGCCAUUCUGUUCCCUGGGCUGGCCACCUAGGGAAACAUAAGACCACUGCUCGCAUUAGACGACAUUUCCAUUGGCCUGGCCUGCGCUCAGAUGUAAUACAAUUCUGCAGGAGUUGCCCUCAGUGUCAGAAGACAUCAGCUAGAGGCCCCUCAAGAGCUCCACUCCAACCUCUGCCAGUUAUUGGGACCCCUUUUGAACGUCUUGGAAUGGACAUUGUUGGUCCAGUAGAGAAAAGCAAAGCUGGAAACCGCUACAUGCUGGUCAUCACAGAUUACGCCACUAAGUAUCCUGAAGUCUUUCCAUUAAAAUCUGUUUAUAAGUUGCUCGGCAUCAGGGGUAUGAGGACUACACCAUACCACCCCCAGACGGAUGGGCUUACAGAGCGCUUCAAUCAGACGCUCAAACAAAUGCUCCGUAAGUUUGUGGAUGACACCGGGUCUGAUUGGGAUCAGUGGCUGCCUUAUCUGCUUUUUGCUUACAGGGAGGUGCCUCAAGCUUCCACUGGGUUCUCUCCUUUUGAGCUUCUCUAUGGUCAUGAGGUAAGGGGGGCCUCUGACUUUGCUGAAGGAAACAUGGGAAGGAGAACAGGACAAGGAUGA